AUGAAUAUAAAUUACAAGUACGCAACACCUUACUACUCCAAAGGGAAUGCGCUCAUUUCGCACGAUACGGGAUGCCUUAGCGAAGAUGGUUGCUCAGCCGACCAACGUAACUGGUGCCAGCUUUUGCCGUACAUUGCCUGGUGCUACAACAUAUCCGUCCACGAUACGACGCACGAAUCACCCUUCUCCCUGGUCUUUGGUAGGGACCCCAUUUUUUGCGCCAAUGUUAUUUUAGACCCGCAAACGCAUGAAGAAGAUGUCGAAGACGAUCACGCUACCAUCCUCAGCAUUGCUGCGCCUCAAAAUAAGCCAAACAUAGUACAUUUUAAUCAGAUUAAACCAUUUCAUCUGCUUGGGAAACAGGACACCACCCAAACACAAAUGGACAUGGUUCCCGAGUACCUCGUGCCUCAACAGACGAAGAAACCUGGUCAGUCAAUAAGCGCACGAAAUAACUUGCGCCGCCGUAGCGGGUGA